CCUCCACCUCAGAAACAGUUCUAAAACGGUGGCCCCAGAACUCCUGGGGGUCUCUAAGACCCUUUGAGAGGGUCCUCGACAGUCUUCCAACGACUUAUCUGUGUGAGGUCAGAUUUUCACCAUAACCUCAACCAAAAUAACGCAUCCCAGCAGGUUGAAUGCAGAAGCAGAUGUGAAAACCCAGUCAUCUUCUGGUUCUUCUAUUAAGCCUGACAUUAAAUAGAUUCUCCCAAGGAUAAAGCAACGCCACUCUUCUUACUGUAUUGUUGGGUAAGAGGCUAUUUUUCACAAAACCAUGUUUUGUUAACAUGUAAUAGGUUUAUUGGUUUUUUAUUUUUAUUUUUUAUUUUUAAAUUUUUAAAUAAACCUAUCACACUGUUCUAUUUCGAUUUCUAGUAUAACAAAUAGCGAUAUAACUUACAUAAGAAAAGCUCUUUGGGGUCUUCAGUAAUUUUUGAGUGUAAAGAGGUUCUGAGAUGAAAAAUGUUUUUGAAAACUGCUGUUUAACAAAUACCUGGGUGUCCUCUGUCUCACCCCCUCUCACAUUCCCCCAGCCCAGUCUGCCUCUUACUCCUCCUGGUACAUUCUGCCCUGAUUCCCUAGAUGCGGCUCUUCUCCCCAGACUCUCAAGCCCCAGUCUUCCAGACUCUACCACACGCCCCACCACUGCUCCAGAGCUUAUCCCUGCCUUCCUUCCUAGUCUUUCUGAUCCCCUCACCCCUGCCCCAGUGGAAACACAUCAGUCCCUCUGGCCCCACCCAUAAUUAAUUCUUUCCUCCAAUGUAGUAAAGCCGGGAGAGAUAAUUAUGGGAUAGCAAUGUUAAGGCUUGGGGAGAUCAAAGGGAUCAGAGGCUGGGUGGGGUCCUCCCUUGCGCAGCUGCAGCUGGGCUUUGUGUGUGCAGGUUGCGGGGUUGGGGGUUGCUGAUUCCACACUCAAAUACCAUGCGCAAACAGAUCUGGGCCCAGGCUGUUUAGGAGAGUGACCUUGAGAGACUUAAAUACACAGAAGGGGAAAACACGAAGAAACAAAAACUGGGAGAGAGCAGAGAACAGCUUGAGACAAGGGGAGGGAGGGAGAGGAGUAGGAGGGGAAGUGACAGACACUGACAGACACCACUCAGGAGCGGCAGACGCAGCUAAGAGUAACAGGCAAACGUUAAGAGCAGAGAAGAUCCUCAAGAUCUCAGGGUACAGAUCACAUUCUCCCAGACUCCUGAGCCCCGGGUCCAGCCAUGGGCACCUCCAGCAUCUUCUUCUGCAUUCUGUUUCUUGGUGGGGCACUGGGUCUCACCACAUCCUCUGCCCAGGGACGGCUCCGCUGUUACACCUGCAACUUCGCCAAACCCUGCUACCCUAUUCCCACCGAGUGUCAGGAUGAUGAAGUUUGUGGCAUCAGCAUUGGUACCUCAGAGCAGAGUGAGGUCAUCCAGCGGAAAGGCUGCCUCCCAAGGGCCCAGUGCCCUCUGCAGGGCCAUGCCACCUACUGGGAGCGCUCCUACUCUCUGCAGCACCACUGCUGUGAGCAGGACCUGUGCAAUGCGGCCACCACCCUGCAGCGGCUCCCCAGCUGCCUCCUCAUCACCCUGCUCAUCCUCAUGGCCAGCUUCACCUGGGGAGGCCACCUUCUCCACUAGCCUCUCACAGACCUACAGCCGUCAACACAGGACUCCUCUACCAUCACCAUAGCCCUGGGAACACCUGUACAGACACUUGCGAGAUUUGGCCAAGAACCUGAUUUUGUACAGAGACCUCAGAUCCCUGGUCCCAAGAGCUUCCCAGACCCCCCACAAGACCUGAUUCCUACAGUCAUUGCUCCAGCCCCUCCUGGCCCACAGUUCCUGCCCAGAGCCCAGCCUCAUAAAGAACACCUGUUCUGAAUCUUCGGCCUUUUCUAGAUGCCCACUGCUGAUGUGUUCUGUCAGCCCCAGCCUUCUGGCAAGGCAAGUGUUUGAUGGAGCUGGGGGUCCCAGGCAAGGGGAUUGAAGGGCCACCAGAUGUGGUGGGGAAGAGAGUUCUGUUAGGAAAGUUUAAUUUAGUAGGUCAGGAACUCAGGAAGGAGGGCUUGGAGAGCUAGGAAGAGUAUACAUAAUAAAAAUGCUGUCUUGGGAGUCCGGAAACGCCUGUGUGUGUGUGUGUGUGUGUGUGUGCACGAGCACACACAUUCUCUCUCUAAAAGCAAACUAUAGCUGCUUGGUGGGUUGGGCUGGGAUGCUGGCACCUGAAAAAUAACUGUC